UUCAUCGCUUUUGCUUCCUUGUUCUUCAUCCUAGUAUCAAUAACAACCUUUUGCCUGGAAACUCAUGAAGCAUUUAAUACCAUUAUUAACAGAACAGAACUAACAAAUAAUGGAACAGAAAUAGUGCCAUUAAUUGAAAUUGAGACCGACCCUGCCCUGACAUACGUCGAAGGAGUUUGUGUGGCAUGGUUUACAUUUGAAUUUUUAGUUCGUAUCACCUUCUCCCCUGACAAACUUGAAUUCAUCAAGAAUCUUUUAAACAUUAUAGAUUUUGUGGCAAUUUUGCCAUUUUACUUAGAGGUUGGACUGAGCGGGCUGUCAUCCAAAGCUGCUAAGGAUGUACUCGGGUUCCUUAGGGUUGUCAGAUUUGUUCGUAUACUUCGAAUUUUCAAGUUGACCCGUCAUUUUGUAGGACUAAGGGUGCUGGGGCACACUCUUCGAGCUAGUACUAAUGAAUUUUUGCUUCUCAUAAUAUUUUUGGCUCUAGGAGUCUUGAUUUUUGCCACAAUGAUAUAUUAUGCAGAGCGAAUUGGUGCCAAUCCCGGUGAUCCAUCAGCGAGUAAUCACACUCAGUUCAAAAACAUUCCAAUUGGAUUCUGGUGGGCUGUGGUUACUAUGACUACACUGGGCUAUGGGGACAUGUAUCCUAAGACUUGGUCAGGGAUGUUAGUAGGUGCACUGUGUGCGUUGGCUGGCGUUCUUACAAUUGCAAUGCCUGUGCCAGUCAUUGUUAACAAUUUUGGAAUGUACUACUCACUUGCUAUGGCAAAACAGAAGCUUCCAAGAAAAAGAAAAAAAUACAUUCCCCAUGUGGCUCAAGCUGGUUCUCCUACUUUCUACAAGAUGGAUUUGAAUAUGGGAUGUAACAGUACACAAGUGGAUGCUUGCCUUGGCAAAGACAACAGGCUGAUGGAACAUAACAUGUCAGGUAAAGUAGAAUGGAACACAAACUUGUUUCACCCAGGAGCUAAUGUCACAUUCCAAUGUUCUUUUGAAGCAACAUAAUAGAUCAUUUUUAGAUUUUUGAAUAAUUUACUUUUGUCGCAGUCUCAAAUUACUUUUAAGCAGUUUACAGUUUUUUCAAAGAUCAUCUUGCUUCUUAAAUGGCAGUAGGGAACUAGAAUAGUUGCAGUAGCAUAAUUGUGGCAACUUAGACAUCAUUGUGUGUGCUUAUAAAAAAAACACAUAAUUAUGCUAUACAUUAUCUACCAACAAAAACUUAAAAACAAGAUACAUACACCAAAACAUGAAAAUAAAAUAAUAAUUUAAUAAUUUCUCACUAUUGCUGUGAUAAAUGCACUUCAUCCAUUUUGGUCCAAAGUCAUUUCCAUUGGGUAGUCAGUAAAAAAAAACUCUUGCUUCCUGUGAUUUAUGCACUGCCUGACAUAUAAUUUGCAUUCUUACAUGGACAGUACAAAUAUGAUGUAGACAUGGUUGAAAUGAAAAAGAUUUAUUUGAGGAUAUAAUUUAAAAUUAACUUGACUUCCAAACUUAUAGAGCAAGGUUGUCCCAUCCACCUAGUAUUGAGAUAUAUUUAUCACCUUUUAUAUGUUAAAUUUAUAUAUGUGUAUAUAUAUAUAUAUAUAUAUAUAUAUAUAUAGUUUGUAUAUUGUAUUCUUGUAAUAGUGUAUCCUAUUGUAACAAUGCAAUGUUUUGUGGACCCAGGACAUACUGGAAAACAAGACAAACCUCAAUGUAUCCAUCCUGGUAAAAUAUUUUAUAAAUAAAUAUAUUUCCAAGAAAUCCCACUAGUUGGUUGGCAAAGAAAUAAAGCAUUGAUCCAUAGUUAAGUAACAAUUAGGACCAGACAGAUCUGCUGUAUAGCUGGUAUAAUGUUUCAGAUACUUGUCUUGAGCCAUUCGACUUUUAAAUGACUUGCAUUUUCCCCAAAUCAAACGUUUUAAGGCUCAACAUUAUUUGUAUCUAACUCUAAAAAACUUAAACCCAUCUUUGUAUGAGUUUGAUAGAGUACAUAAACAUAUACUGGAAGGGUAACAAAUGAAGAACACUGUAUGAUCCUCAUUCACACACCCAAUACAUUGCCUCCUAAUUGUGUAUAGCUGAUUUACAACAUCAUCAAGCUGUUAUAAAUAUAUGUAUUGCUUAAAUGUUUACAUUUCCUUUUUGGUGUCUUUUCUUUACGAACGUGGGAAUCUGUAUGUUGCUCUCCUAAACAUUACCAGGUGAAGACAGUUCAGGAAGUGACCAACCACUCUCACCUGGAGAACGACAUCCAAUUAGACGUUCUAGCUCUAGAGAUAAAAGUCGAAGGGCAGGAACUUGUUUUCUGCUGACCACAUCAGAUUACGCAUGUAGCAGUGAUGGAGGGAUACGGAAAG